AAGCUCUUGCUCACAGCUUGGUCAGUGGACCAGCACAUUUGGAAGAAUCUGGGCCCUUACGACUACACGCUCCCGCAGAUUGAAUACAUUGAGUAUGAUGUGGAGAAGCUGGGGUGUGAAGGCAAGAUAGCAAAACACAACGACAACGGCUCGAUGGUCUCAGUCGUGGUUCUACUUUCGGACCCUUCCGACUUUGAGGGAGGAACGAACUUUUUCAAAGGUCUUCCACAGAAGCGGCGUGUGAUCCUGAAGUCGGGGGAUGCUGUGUUCUUCUACGGGCAUCAGUGUGAGCACUGGAUCUCUCCAGUCACUUCUGGCCGUCGCGCGAUCCUGCAGAUGGAGUUGCAAAACCCGCUGUUGCUACAGUGCCAGGAU